AUACAAUAUUCAGUUAUAACGAGGAGAUUGCAGAAUUAAAAUUUUCAUGUAAGGGCGGUGGAGACGAUUUCUCGUCUAAUCGCCGUCGAGUCUAAGAGUCCACCGCCGUUGAAGAUCGCCCCUUGUUCCAUCUACUUCGUCGUAUCGCUGUCGGAAUUCUCCAUCCGCCGAUCAGAUUCAGCCGUAUCUUUCCGGUAGAAUCGUCGAUUCCGAUCUCACAUCAAUUGCAAAUGACUAGCGGAGCCGCCGACGAGGACGCAGAUGCCGUCCUCAGCGACGUCGAGUCCGACGAACCAUCCCCCGUCGUUCUAAACGAUCCUCCUCCCCCUCCUCCUCCUCCUUCUCCUCAGGAGGCACAAGACUCGAGGCUGAAGGAGCUAAUCGCUGAGCUGGAUCGCGAGAAGAAGGCUCGAGAAGCCGCCGAGAGCUCGAAAUCGGAUCUACAAACGGCUUUCAACCGGCUCAAGGCGCUCGCUCACGAGGCGAUCAAGAAGCGAGACGAGUCCAAGAGGGAGCGAGACGAAGCUCUUAAAGAAAAGGAGAAUCUAACCAAGGAGCUCGAGAGCGUGAGUAAAGAGAAAGAUGAGGUUUUUAAGAAGCUUGAUGAGGCUGUGAGGUCUAGAGAUGGUUUGAAAGCGGAGAUCGAGACUUCGUCUCAUAUGUUGGUGUCUGGGAUUGAGAAGAUAUCAGGUAAAGUUAGUAGCUUUAAGAGUUUCUCAAACGGAGGAGGUCUCCCGAAGUCUCAGAAGUAUACAGGCUUGGCUUCUGUUGCUUAUGGGGUUAUCAAGCGUACGCAUGAGAUCGUGGAGGAGCUUGUUAAGCAGAUUGAUACGGCUGCGAAGGCGAGGAACGAAGCUAGGGAGCAGAUGGACCAGCGGAACUACGAGAUAGCUAUUGAGGUUUCUCAGCUGGAAUCGACGAUUAGUAACUUGAGGUUGGAGGUUGCGGAGAAGGCUUCGGUUGUUGAUGAUUUGGAGAGGGAUGUGAGUGAGAAGGAGAAGAGGGUUGCUGAGGUUGAGAAGGGUGGUUUGGAGAAGGUGAGUGUGCUUGAAGGUGAGGUUGUGGAGCUUAAGCAGUUGGUUGAUGAGUAUGAUGGGAAGUUGAAGAGUAUGGAAGUGAAGAUGGGAGCGCAGCGUCCUUUGUUGGUGGAGCAGCUGAGUCUUGUGUCGAAGAUCCAUGACCAGCUUAACGAGGUUGUGAGGGUAGUUGAUGGGGAUAGUUUAGAACAGUCUGAGUCUUUCUUUAUUCCUCAAGAGACAGAUAUGGAGGAGAACGUUCGAGCUUCUUUAGCAGGUAUGGAAUCCAUCUUGGAACUUACCAAUGUGGUUUCUGAGAAAGCACAAAGUUUGGUGGAAGAGAAGAGCCAUGAAGUGAAGAAGUUGAGUGAAACUGUGGGUCUAUUAGUGAAAGAGAAGGAACAUAUUGGUACUUUACUGAGGAGUGCUUUGUCUAAAAGAAUGGUAUCGGAGCAGUCAUCCCAAGAAAGCGAAAUGUUCCAAGCUGCAGAGAAUGGUUUGAGGGAUGUUGGUAUUGAUUUCAAAUCCAAGGCUCAGGAAUCUCUUGGUGAUAGUAAAGAUGAUCAUGGUACAGAAGAGAAUGAAAUAUAUUCUCUGGCAAGCACAUUGGAGAAUAUUGUCAAGGCAUCUCAACUCAAGAUUGUUGAACUGCAGCAUUCGUUGGAGGAAUCAAGGGAAGAGACUAGUUCUCUGAAGAAACUGUUGGACUCUCAGACAAAGGAGCUUAACCAGAGAAUGCGGCAAAUAGAAGAACUCAAAGAAAAGGAGAGAAUAGCGAAUGAAAAUGUUGAAGGUCUUAUGACUGACAUUGCUGCUGCUGAAGAAGAAAUAGCGAGAUGGAAAGCAGCAGCCGAGCAGGAGGCUGCUGCUGGUGGAGCUGUUGAACAAGACUUUACGUCUCAGCUGUAUUUGCUCAAAGAAGAACUUGAAGAGGCAAAGCAAGCGAUUAAAGAAUCAGAGAAGAAACUAAAGUUUAAGGAAGAGACGGCAGCAGCAGCCAUGGGUGCAAGGGAUGCAGCAGAGAGAUCUCUGAGACUCGCAGACAAUAGGGCAACUAGGUUGAGGGAAAGAAUACAGGAGCUGAACAGUAAAGUUGAAGAAUUAGAAACCCAUCGAGAUAUGAAUACUUCAAACAGAGCUAGAUAUGUGUGCUGGCCAUGGCAACUUCUCGGGAUUGAUUUUGUGGGAGGUCGAAGAGUUGAGUCGGAACAAGAACAAAGUUCCAACGAGAUGGAACUCGCUGAACCUCUGUUAUGAGAAACCCGGUAUUUUAUACAGUUACACUCUGUAUUUGGUUUGAUUUUUUUUUUUUAAUGUAUAUACUACCCCAGCUGAUAAAAGUUUAAAGCUUGAAUAUGUUUUGUUUGAUCUUGUAAUGUUGUUUUACUGUAAGAAGUUUAAUC